AUGACCCUUUCAUCCCUUCUCCGCAUCACUCCCCGCCUCACCCCGACCGCGACCCGCAGGACAGUCAGAGCUGUGUCCUCGAUAUCCGGCACAAAUACAAUUCCACAGAAGUCUUUAGACUCCAUUCUGAUUGCCAAUCGAGGCGAGAUUGCCCUCCGUGUUGGCCGGACUGCUGCGGAGCAUGGGAUUCGCGUGACCACGCUCUACACUGACCCGGAUAGUCGAUCACAACAUGCUUUAAGCUCGCCAUUUGCCUUCAAUUUGGGUUCUGUGUCAGCUUACUUGGAUGGUGAUCGAAUUAUCGAAAUUGCGAAAAAAGAAGGAUGCCAAGGGAUACAUCCGGGAUAUGGAUUUUUGAGCGAGAACUCCGCCUUUGCUAAGAAAUGCUCCGAAGCUGGACUUGUGUUUAUCGGUCCCCCAUGGAAGGCAAUCGAGGAGAUGGGCGAUAAGAGUCGCUCAAAAGAGAUCAUGCUUGCAGCAGGUGUGCCCUGCGUCCCUGGAUAUCACGGUCAAAAUCAAGAUCCUCAAUUCCUCGAAGCCGAAGCCGAUAAGAUCAAGUAUCCGGUCCUCAUCAAAGCCAUCAAAGGUGGUGGUGGAAAGGGAAUGCGUAUCGCCAGAUCCAAAUCAGAGUUCCAGGCACAGCUUGAGUCUGCGAAAUCAGAAUCCAUGAACUCAUUCGGAGACGAUCAUGUACUGGUGGAAAAAUACAUAACCACCCCGAGGCAUAUUGAGGUUCAGGUGUUUGCGGACCAGCAUGGGAAUAGCGUGGCAUUGGGUGAGAGAGACUGUAGUAUUCAGCGGAGACACCAGAAAAUUCUGGAGGAGUCUCCAGCCCCGCAUUUGCCGGAUGCAACUCGCAAGGAUAUCUGGGCAAAAGCUCGAGCUGCUGCUCUAGCAGUCGGAUAUGAAGGUGCAGGUACCGUGGAGUUCAUCUUCGACAAUGACACGGGCGAAUUCUUCUUUAUGGAAAUGAACACCCGGCUCCAGGUUGAACACCCCGUGACAGAGAUGGUCACAGGCCAAGACCUGGUACACUGGCAAAUACUGGUGGCGGAAGGAUCACCCCUACCUCUUACACAAGAGCAAGUCGAAGAGCAGAUCGCUCGCAGGGGACACGGCAUUGAAGCCCGUAUCUAUGCUGAGAACCCAGACCAAGGGUUCAUUCCCGACUCCGGGCGCUUAAUCCACGUGCGAACGCCUACAACGACAGAUGAUGUUCGUAUUGAUGCUGGGUUUGUCGAAGGCGACGAGGUCUCUGCACACUACGACCCUAUGAUCUCCAAGCUGAUUGUUCGUGGCGAAACCCGCGAGGAGGCUAUUCGGAAAUUGAGCGCCGCGUUGGAGCAAUACGAGGUCGCUGGUCCUGUGACCAAUAUCGAGUUUCUCAAGACCAUCUGUCGCAGCCCGGACUUCAUCGCCGGGGAGGUUGAGACUGGUUACAUUGACAAGCACCGAGAAGAGCUGUUUGCUCCUAAACCAAUCGAAGAUGAGACUCUAGCUCAAGUUGCGCUAGCAUGCCUGCAUCGUGACGCCCACUCGGCCGCCAGGCCCUCCAACGGACUUGCGGGGUCAGCAGUCGGAUUUGCCCCAAGCUUCAUGCAACGGCAACUGUCGUUCAUCGAAUCAACAGGACCCUCGAUUGAAGGAUCUACUCUUCACGUUAGGGUCCAGCAAACAGCCAACCACACCUUCAAUAUCGAAGUUGGAGACAAAAUCUUCGAACAAGUUGAGAGCCGCAUGGAUCCAGAAUCCCACGUGGUUACAUCAUUUUUCCCACAUACCCGACUUGACACCACCGUGGUACAGGAUGAAGACACCGUAAUCGCGUUCCAGCGAGGCGUUCAAUACCGCCUGACUGUGCCGCGGGCCAAGUGGAUGGAGAAGGCUCUAGGGAUGAAAGAUGUUGCGAAUAGCGUACUAGCCCCGAUGCCCUGUAAGGUGCUUCGCGUGGAAGUGCAGGCUGGAGAUGUUGUGGAGAAAGACCAGCCAUUGGUGGUUAUUGAGAGCAUGAAAAUGGAGACAGUCAUCCGCAGUCCACACCAGGGAACAAUUGCGCGUGUCGUCCAUAAACAAGGAGAUCAAUGCAAGAGCGGCACUCCUUUGGUAGAGUUUGCAGAGGAGGAAUAA